AUGAAAUCUAAAGAGACAGGUAUCCACCUUAGCAUGAAGCCAUUCACAGCCUUCUACUUUCUCUUCACCCUCCUUCUGCUUAAUUAUUGUUUUUCCACCGAUGCAAGAAUGAUCCCUGCAGAAGAAUAUUGGAAGAGACAGAUGAAUGGAGAAGCAAUGCCAAGAGCAAUCUCAGACUUAACGAGGAAUCAAGAUUCAUCCUUUAAGGUCGCGUUUGUUGGAAACUUUAACGCCAAACCAAACAGCGCGGGCAUCAUAUAUCAUGCUAAUGCCCAAGAUGAUGUCAGUCCCAAGAAACAGGAGAAGAGAAACGAGAGAUCAAACCCGUGA